AUGGAAGAGAAUCAAGAAGAAACGAAGGAUUUCAACUGGGGGAAAGUGGAGUGGGGGAAACGAAUUGCAGGCGGUGCUUAUGGUAUUGUGUUUUUAUGCCAAUAUGGUGGGAAAAAGGUUGCAAUAAAAGUAAUCUGCGCCGGCGAAGAAGACAUUGAUGGAGUGGAAACGGCGGAGUUGUCUUUCCUACGAGAAGUGUCAACCUGUUCUCUUCUUGACCACCCAAACAUUGCUAAGUUCAUCACCGCGAAAGAAGAUGUAAAUCCACCACUUAAGGACCUGAAGAACAGUGGAUUUUGUGGUGUCAUUGUGAGUGAAUACUUGGAAGGUGGGACGUUAGCAUCAUAUGUCAGGCAUCACAAGAAGCUUGCCUUGAAAGAGAAAAUCAAACUUGCCCUAGAGGUUGCGAGAGGAUUGUAUUAUUUGCACUCGAAGAACAUAGCCCAUCGAGACGUGAAGCUAGACAACUUGUUACUCGACGGUCAAGGGAGAGUAAAGAUCAUAGACUUUGGGGUUUCAAGGAUUGAAACAGAGGACAUGAGUGUUAAAGUUGGAACCAAGGGUUAUAUAGCUCCGGAGGUUUUGGUUUCUAACUCCUACAACCAUCGGUGCGAUGUCUUUAGUUUCGGUAUCUGCCUUUGGGAACUUUACUAUUUGAAGAGGUUUGGUUCCAGCCUUGCGAGUUCUACCCCUCAAAUCGGCAAAGAUUGUCCCAAGAAACUAGCUGAUUUGAUGCGACGUUGCUGGACGGAUCCUUCCACACGACCGGAGAUGGCAGAGGUGGUGAAGACUUUAGAAGACGUAUUGAAGAAAGCGGAACGUUCUCCAUUUGGCUGUUUCAGUUUCCUCAAACGAUGA